AUGCCUUCAAAGAUUCUCAAUUAUAUCCCAUCACGGGCAAAAUCCUCUUGUAACGUCGAAAUUGACAUUCAUGGACACUACGAGUCCAAAGUCUAUACUACGGGAUCCACGGUCCAGGGUUUCAUUCGACUCGCAUCCCCGAACAAAACUCCGUUUCAGUCCAUCCAAGUCAAUUUCAGAGGCACAGCUUCAACUCGCCAAGCAUUUCAGUAUGGGACGCCCUUGACAACACAUACAUUUAUGAACAUCGCUAUACCGAUUUCAGAAGACUUGCUUUCCGCUGGUCAUGUCCUCCAAGCUGGAGAAUCGCACAACAUUCCAUUCAUAUUCGAGAUCCCCAGCGAUCUUUCCUCCAAUGCUUGCAGUCAUCAAAACACAGCAGUGAGGGAACGACAUUUACUUCCACCACCGAGCAUCGGGUCAUGGAUAAAAAGCGAUCUCACGGAUGGCUCGACAUAUGUCGAUUAUUCCAUUCGAGCGCGACUUGUGCUCGUAAACGAUGGCUGUGCGGAUGAAAAGUUUGUCGAACAGAACAUUUCUCUCAAAGUCAUUCCUCUGUUUCCUGAACAACCGCCCAUCAACAUUUCUUCCUUCAACUCGCAAUACUGUUUGUCUCAGACAAAGACGAUAAGACGGAACUUGGUCGGCACCAAAGAAGGAAUUCUAAGGGUUUCAACUACGCAGCCUAGACCAAUGACCCUGAACCUGGAUGACCUUCAGGCAUCAGACUCUCAACUAGCGAUCGAUCUUGAAUACAUCUCAUUGUCGCAAAAACGCACGCCACCGGAUAUUCGCAUCAAAUCAGCAGUAAUUGAGACUGUUACAAGCUUCUCGCUGGGCCGCGUUGGUUAUCUACCCGAUCACGAUGACACAAUGCCAAGCACUAUGUCUGGGGUAGCUCCAUGGGUAGCUUCACACCCUCUAGUUCUACAAGGAGUGAGAGAAGUGAAUUGGGAGAAAGUCGCGGAUACCAGUCCUAUGGCAGAACCAGAGAGAAGAGCUUCAGAGCCAAUUGAAGUUGUUCCAGACUGUGCUAGAACGAUGACACCACCAAGCACAACUCGGAGUUCCAUUGAUAAGGACUACAGUCAAUCGGAUGCUCUUAUCUACAAAGCUACUAUGACACAGCCUUUCAUGCUCCCGACCGAGAAAUUGCUAUUCCUUCCCACGUUCCAUUCGUGUAUGGUUAGCAGAACCUACCGGAUUCGCAUAACUUUAGCUACGAAGGCGCAUGGCGCAACGGUUUCUCUUGUUGUACCAUUCCAGAUAACUAGCGAAGGACGUACCACCCCCUACGAUCCUAUACUGUCUGUCUGCUAUGAUAGUGAUUCCGUGACUCGCGAAUCACCUCCUCCAUACAGUAGAUGA